GCGGGACAUGGCGGCGCGGGCGCGCGAAGAUGGCGGCCCGGGCCUGGGGCGAGGCCCGCGCGGCUGCGAGCACUAUGACAGAGGAUGUCUGCUGAAGGCACCUUGUUGUGACAAGCUGUAUACCUGCCGAUUGUGUCAUGAUAGCAAUGAAGAUCACCAGCUAGAUCGCUUCACGGUAAAGGAAGUGCAGUGCAUAAACUGUGAAAAAAUACAGCAUGCCCAGCAGACUUGUGAAGAAUGUAGCACAUUAUUUGGAGAGUAUUACUGCAGUAUAUGUCAUCUGUUUGACAAAGAUAAGAAGCAGUAUCAUUGUGAAAACUGUGGAAUUUGUAGGAUUGGUCCAAAGGAAGAUUUCUUCCACUGUUUGAAAUGCAACUUAUGCCUAGCUGUGAGUCUGCAAGGAAAACACAAGUGUAUUGAAAAUGUUUCUCGGCAGAACUGUCCAAUAUGUUUGGAGGACAUUCAUACAUCCCGUGUCGUUGCUCAUGUCUUACCAUGUGGACAUCUUUUACAUAGAACGUGUUAUGAAGAAAUGUUGAAAGAAGGCUACAGGUGUCCACUGUGUAUGCACUCUGCUGUGGAUAUGAGAAGGUACUGGAAGCAUCUGGACGAGGAAGUGGCGCAGACACCUAUGCCAUCAGAGUAUCAGAACAUGACUGUGGAUAUUCUCUGCAAUGACUGUAAUGGCCGAUCCACAGUCCAGUUUCAUAUUUUAGGCAUGAAGUGUACUAUCUGUGAAUCGUAUAAUACUACUCAAGCUGGAAAGCAGAGAGUGUCACUGGAUCAGCAGUGACCAAGGCUGCCCUUCACUGGAGAUUCCACAUUUGCCAUGUAGAUAAACCUCUGUGUAAAAGUACCCUGUUGUUACUAUGUGUCAUGACAUAUGCAUUAGAGUUGGGUUUUAUACUGGUGGUGCAGCAUAAAAUCAUAGAUGAGUUCUUAUGUCUUCAAGGCCUGGCCAGAAUGACCAUGGUGCUGCAUUGGAGGAAAGUCUGUGCUUAUGUUGCUGGGAAAUUUCUUGAGUAUCAGUUGUUUUGAAGCCAAUGGUGCUUGGCUCUGAGGUGGUCAAAUUUAUAGAAAUUUUUAUAUUUCUGUAGAACUUUGUUGAAGUGACACUGCACACAGAGUACAUUCCAAGUUCAUGAUAGAACUGCACUUAAUUUCAAAGGCCUGGAAUAUAAUCAAGUCCACCGUAUUUGUUAAAGUCUACGUACAUGUGUUUUCAAAUUGUCUAAGACAGUCUUUGGAUUCUAGAAGUAAAUUUUAAUGUAAUAAAAUAAUAAAAGAUUAUACUGAAA